AAACGGUACGCACUAGGCAAACUGGAGCAGAGGAGAGGGGACGCUCAUUGCGGUAAAAAUACUAAUAAACACUGAAGCUAGAGGGAGUUUAUUUUUAAACAGAGAGUGCUGCUGUUCGCGACAGACCGGGAUACUACUUAUUUUAAGGUGAUUGUUCAACUCAAAGAUGAAUUUUGAGCAGCCCCCUCCAUACCCCGGCAGUGGCCCCACUGCUCCAGGCUACCCAGCCCAGGGCGUACCUCCACAAGGCUACCCACCUCAGGGUUAUCCUCCACAGGGAUACCCUGUGAACAUGGAGCAGCCUAAUUCAGCUUACCCUAACUACCCUGCCGGACCAAUGGGCCCCGGAGGCCCCUACCCUGGGCCAGGGCAGCCUCCUUAUCAAGGAUACGCUGGACAACCACAGUUUGGCUGGCAGGGCGGGCCCCCUCCUGGACCUAUGUAUGGGGAAGCUCCCAAAAACACAGUGUACGUGGUGGAGGACAGGAGACGAGACGACACAGGAGACACAUGCCUGACAGCCUGCUGGACAGCUCUGUGUUGCUGCUGUCUUUGGGACAUGCUGACAUAACGCUAUUCCCCAACACCCCCAUCCCCCCUUCCCUUGCCCCCCAUUUCUGUGCCUCGAAACCCUACCGCCCCUUCCCCCCAUCUGCCUUAAACCUCGCACAUACUCGCAACCACUCCGCCAUUUCCCUCUCCUAGUCUUUUGCUCGUCUAUAAAUAAAAGCCUUGAACCCAUAUGGAAGUCUCCUCCCAGAGCCACUUUCUCUACCGUGAUGUGAAGCCCUCAGCACUGACUGACUGACUGACUGACUGACCCUGUCCAGGGGCUACUCUGUAGCAGCUUGUAACUGAGCUUAUAGACAUACCCUGAAUCUCAGGCUCUUCACUCUAACCCUACACGACACACAACAGACAGUACAAACUCAGACAAGGUGGAUACACAGUAACACAUAGACAAAUACAGCAUACUUGGAUCUCAGGCUGACCUAGUGUGAGGCUCUUUGGCACUUUAUGAUGAUUACCUCUGUAAGAUACUACUCCUGCCUGCCCUUUUAAUCAUCUCUAACCCUGCCAUAAGCCCCUUCCUGUGCUACUUCCCAUCCCGCAAGGACAACCCCGUAUCCUGGACCCCCAUAACCUUAAAACCACCAAGACCCUGGCUGCUAAUGAGCCAUAGGGUGCUCUUAAGAAGCUGAUGCUUAAAAUGUUUCCCUUUCAUUUGCACAGAAGCUGACGUAUGUCUUCAGGUGAAAUCAUAUGACAAUAAAUGGAAUGCAUUUUUGAAGAUGACAGUGAUUAAUGUAUGAUUACUGUUAACAUUCGAUGGCCACAAUGUUUUUUCUUUUUUCAUGGUGAUCUUGAUAUGAAAAAUUAUUCCAAUAUUAUUUUUAUUACAUACCUUGGAGAUAAAACUGAAAAUGUGAAAAAAAUGUUAUUGCUCAACAGAAGAAACCAAAUGACAUGUUGGAUGCCUUUUUGCUUUGAAUAAGAUUCUUGCAUUAAAAUAAUUUAUUCCCAUGAAA